CUUGAGGCAAUGAGUGUUUGAUAUGGGCGGGUUUCAAGGAGUGACUAUUUCCGGAGUCAAAUACACGUGGGUAGGAAACCUGGCGUACUUUAUUGUGCGCUCUCUACUAAACCCCUGUACGAGCAGGUCCAUCAGGAAUUCUCUUUGGGUUGCUUUGAGGUACCAUACACCCCAUCUACGAACUCCUGACAUCCGAGCACCAGGUGUCUGCCAGAUACACAGCUUUUUCUUUGAGGUCCCUAUCAGCAAUCUCUUGAUCCCUAUGGCCGAUGCAGAGCCCAUGCUGGUCCCUGCCCCUGGGGGGGAGAAGAGAGCAUGCCCUGCUUUGGAGGAGGAGGUUGACCACAGCACCAAGAGACCCAGAGUCCAGAAGGAGGAGAAGAACGGAGGGCCCUCUCACAAGCUGCCCCAGGAUGAGGGAGAAGAGCCAGAGGGGGAAGAGACGGAGCCAUUGGACGAGGAUGGAGAAGGGGAAGGGUUGGGGUCAGGAGAGGCCUUUGCAGAGAUGAUGAAGCAUGGCCUCACAGAGCUGGAUGUGGGGAUUCUGAAGUUUGUCAGUGAACACCAGGGGUUCUCAGGCAUUCUCAAGGAGAGGUACUCUGACUUUGUGGUGCACGAGAUCAACAAAGAAGGCAAGACUGUGCGGUUGGAUGAUCUCUCCGUUCCUGAGGAGGCUGAGGAGGCCCCAGUAGAGCAGCCAGAGUCCCAGGUUUUCACAGAGGAGCAGAAACAGCAGCUGGAGCAGCUACAACUCUUCAAGAACAAAGAGGGUAAUGUUUCUAUAGAGGUAGCUGAUGACACAAAAGAGAAGCGGACCCUGGUCCACAAGGCUGUGAAGACCCUGUACCCUGGACUGGAGACAAAGACAGAGGAGCGGGAGGGAAAGAAGUUCAUCGUGGCCUACCACGCAGCUGGACAGAAAGCCCUCGCAGCCCCCAGGAAACACUCCUGGCCUAAGAGCCGCGGGGCCUUCUGCCACUUCGUCCUCUACAAGGAGAACAGAGACACCAUGGAGGCCAUCAACGUGCUCUCCAAGUUCCUCAGGAUGAGGCCCAAUGUCUUCUCCUACAUGGGGACCAAGGACAAGAGAGCCAUCACUGUGCAGGAGAUUGCAGUUCUCAAGAUCACAGCAGAAAGACUGUCUCACCUCAACAAGUGCCUCAAUAACUUUAAACUGGGAAACUUCUGCUACAAGAAACACCCUCUGAAGCUGGGAGAACUACAGGGCAAUCACUUCACUGUGGUCAUCAGGAACAUCACAGGGACAGAGGAGCAGGUCCAGCAGGCCAUGUCCUCCCUUAGAGAGACGGGCUUCAUCAACUACUACGGCAUGCAGCGCUUUGGCACCACCGCCGUGCCCACACACCAAGUUGGCAAGGCCAUCUUGCAAGACAACUGGAAGGAAGUGAUAGAUCUGAUCCUGAAGCCUCGCCCUGGAGCGGAGAAAGGUUAUCUGGUGAAGUGCCGUGAGGAGUGGGCCCAGUCCCAGGACCCAGAAGCAGCUCUAAAGAAGCUGCCUGUUAAACGCUGUGUGGAGGGACAGCUGCUCCGAGGUCUCUCCAUGUACGGCAAGAAGAACAUCAUCACUGCCUUCGCCAUGAUCCCUCGUAACAACCGGCUGAUGUACAUCCACAGCUACCAGAGCUUUAUGUGGAACACCAUGGUCAGCAGACGCAUUGAGGCCUUCGGACUGAAGGCUGUGGAGGGAGACCUCGUGCUCAGGGGAGGCACUGCAUUCGUGCUGUCCGCAGCAGAGGCCGAGACCCACUCUAUCCAAGACGUGGUGAUGCCCCUACCAGGGUUUGACGUCAUCUACCCCACUCACCACGUGGGUAAGGGCUACAGGGAGAUGCUGAGUGCAGAUAACCUGGACAUUGACAACAUGAGACACAGGGUGAGGGACUACUCUCUGGCCGGGGCCUACCGACGCAUCCUCAUCAAACCCAGUGACGUCAGCUGGGAGGUGAUUAACUAUGAGGACCCUCGUGUCUCCCUGGUCCACACUGAUGUGGAGAAACUAGAGGACCAACCUCCCCCAGUCUUCAACAAAGAGGGGAAGUACAGGGCUCUGAGGAUGGAGUUCUCCCUGCCUCCCUCUACCUACGCCACCAUGGCCAUCAGAGAGGUGCUCAAGAUGGACACCAGCAUCAAGAACCAGACUCAGCUCAACACCACCUGGCUCAACUAAUACAACAGAACUGGGCCCACUGAGCUUCGUAUAGGCCCACUGGGCUGCUUUUCCAGGCUGCCGAGCAGUCUGUCCUUUAGUGGGUGUCUACUUACUGUAUGUGAGACUAACAGUCUAUAUUGUAUGUAUGUGUGUGGGAGUGUUUUGAUACUUUGCCAAGCCAAAGGUCAUUCCUCUCAUGUUGUGUCAGUCAGGGUGAUGGGAAAUCUUACCUCAUCCCACGCUACCAAGAGUAACAACUCUGAUAUUUUAUUGUUACUACUCUGAUCAUUUUCUUAGUUUCUUCAUUUUUUUUAUCAGGAAGUUUUUACUGUCUUUUAAAGCUUUGCAGCACUGGAGAAAUUCAGAGAUAUGUUUUUGAAACCGCUGACGUGCUACAGAAGCACUUUAAAGGAGCUGUGUAGAACAGUUUAUGUAACCCAUGGUGUUGCUCUGUGACACCCCUGCUACUUCCCAGGGUACUACAAUGACCUGACCCUGGUUGUACAGAAUUACUGUUUGCUUUUUUAACUGUAAAAUGUUUAAGUUUUUUUGGAAACCAGCUCUCUUACAGAGAGAGAAUUAAAAUGCUGAGUGUAAAUG